UUUCUAUUAAAAAAUGAAUUUUUUACUUAUCGAAUUUGAAUGUUCGCGGAACUUUGACUGAAACAUCUAGCGCUACCUAGUGGUUAGUGUUCUCCCGCCAGGGGCUCUCUCUGAACCAAUAAUAUGGUGAAGAGGAGGAUCUACCAAAAGUAGUCGAUGACCGAAGACCGAAGCUGGCGUGUUUUGUGGUUACUGGUGUUUACGAAAGCGGUUAAAUAAUGUUAAAUAUGUAUUAAAAAACAGAAUCAUGUGAGUCGAUUUUUUAUCUGGACGAAAGGAAAAAUUCGCCAAUCAUUGGAUUAGUGGUUAAUAAUAUUGGGGGCGCACAGAAAGUGCGGGAAACCUUGUCGCUUCAGAAAGCUAACCUCGCCUCGCAUCUGCAAGAAUGGCGGUCGGCUCAACGAAAGUGGUUCAAGUAACAAAUAUCGCACCUCAAGCGACCAAGGAUCAGAUGCAAACACUUUUUGGCUAUCUAGGAAAAAUAGAAGAUAUCAGAUUAUAUCCAACAAUUCGAGAUGUGGCAGUGCCGGUACAGUCGCGAAUCUGCUAUAUUAAAUUCCACGAUCAAGGUAGUGUCGCGGUUGCCCAGCACAUGACAAAUACAGUUUUCAUUGACCGUGCUCUGAUCGUUAUUCCGUACCAGAACGGAGACAUUCCUGAUGAACAGAGGGCUCUUGAAUUAACCAACAAUGGUACAGUUGUACCAGGUCUUUACCCUUCCGAGCCAAAACUGCCGCCAAAUGUAGUAAACGCGAUUGAAGGCAUCCCGCCGAAUCAUGUAAUCACAACGAUGGAUCCUACUCUGGAAGCGAAUGGUCUUCCUCCAUAUCCUCACUUGCCUGGUCACUUGGACAGCAGAAGGAUCGAGGAGAUAAGAAGAACGCUGAUAGUCGCAAAUCUUGACCCCUCGAUAACAGCAGAGCAAUUAUUAGAUUUUUUUGCUGAAAAUAACGUAGAAGUAAAGUAUUCAAGACUGUGUACGAGAGACUCGGACACUGACCACUACGCAUUAUUAGAACUCACUGAACAAACCUCUAUCGUCCCAGCUUUGCAGUUAAAUGGUAGUUUACUGGGCGAUAUGCCUAUUUCAAUCUAUCACUCUCUGCAAGCCAUAUCAAAACCAGAAGCGAAGAGCAACGAGGCGGCGCAGAGGGAAAUCGAGGAGGCCAUGUCGCGGGUAAAAGAGGCCCAUAAUCUAAUUUCGGCGGCUAUUGAUCCUAUGAUCGGUGGCAUGUUGUCUAAAGACAAGAGGAGUAGGAGUGGAUCUCGUGGAAGGAAAUCUAGAUCUCGAUCGAGAGGCCGUUCCAGAAGAUCCCGGUCUCGAAAGCGUUCCCGUUCUCGUCACAGACGCUCACGUUCAAGACAUCGUCGCAGAUCGCGAUCGCGUUCGAAACGUAGAUCCCGAUCGAAGGAUCGGAAGAGGAAAUCACCUUCUCGAAGGAGAAGCAGCUCUCGAGGUCGUCACCGUUCUCGCUCCAGGUCACGGAGGUCAAAAUCUCGACGUUCUAGGACCAAGUCGAAAGAUCGCAAGAAGAGGUCCCCCAAACGAAGAAGUCGAUCUCGGUCUCGCAGCAAAAGGUCGAAAUCUAGGAGCAGGCGCUCAAGAUCUAAAUCAAAGUCUAGGUCGUCCAAGUCGAAAUACUCGGAGAAGUCCAGGGAUAAGGAUAAGGAAGGACGCAGUAAGGACAAGUCAGAAAGCAAUGGGAAGAAGAGUGAUGAGAAGAGUGAGAAAAAGUCGAGCAAGGAAAAGAGAGCAGAGAAGGAAGCCAAAUCUGAGGAAAAAUCGAGAUCUAGAGCUGGUUCUGAGUACAGAGAUAGCAAAGAAAGGCAAGGCUCUUCGGAUUAAUUUAUUGCGUAACUGCUUUAUCGUGUGACCCUAGUUAUUAAUUCAAUGUUUAUUUCGAUUCAAGUGUAACGAGACGAUCAGGUAAUAAAUAAAGCUAUAUCGUAUAUCGGA